GUGGUGUGCUCAGUGUGCCCAAUGUGCUCAAUGUGCUGUUCAACCGUAGAGGGAAUAUGUAGGGAGCUCUGCCUACUGGCCUUCUGGUGUCCUCCUUCGUUCAAGUGCGAAGAGCAGAACAGGUAUUAUGGUAGAGGAGCAAGCGGGCGGUAGAAGGCGACUGAUUGUGCAGCGACGAAAACCGACAAGUCCAACGCAAGAGGUUGCCGGCAUACAUGUCUCGAUGUGUAAACAAGAGGAAAUCUAGAAGCAAAUGUGUGCGUAGGAGCUGAAAGGAGAGGAGAGCUUUCCGUCAAGGAGAGAGAGGAUAAAACUAUGGCGGUCCCUCUUCAAGUUGGGGUUCUGCCCUCGGUGAACACCGCCAUUCGAAUCGCUACUAUUGCAGUGAUCAUCCACACAGUAUGUUUGAUGGGAAGUGUGAAUGCGCGGAUUGUCACGUACAACACGACGUCCCGCCCUGUGUAUGACAAGAUCAAUGCGCACUUGGUCUGCCACACACAUGAUGAUGUGGGGUGGCUUAAGACGGUGGACCAGUACUAUGUGGGCUCCAACAACUCCAUCCAGGUGGCAGCAGUGCAGUACAUUCUGGACUCGGUGGUAGAAUCACUGUUGCAAAACAGGGAUCGCAAGUUCAUAUAUGUGGAGCAGGCUUUCUUCCAGCGCUGGUGGGGAGAGCAAAGCCCGCGCAUGAAAGAAAAAGUAGAGGAGCUUGUUGAGAGAAGGCAGCUGGAGUUCAUAAAUGGUGGGUGGUGCAUGCAUGACGAGGCAUCGACGCACUACGUCGAUAUGGUUGAUCAGACGACUCUUGGGCACCGGUUCAUUAAGUCGCAGUUUGGGGUUGUGCCGCGAAUUGGAUGGCAGAUCGAUCCGUUUGGACACUCGUCGGUUCAGGCGUCGCUGUUGACUGCCGAGGCAGGCCUUGACGCGGUGUUCUUUGGGCGGGCGGAUUACCAAGAUAUUGAGAAAAGGCGAAGAGAGAAAUCGAUGGAAGUCAUCUGGAGAGCCUCCAAAUCCCUCGGGGCCUCGGCACAGACCUUCGCGGGUAUCUUGCAUCACCAGUAUAGUCCGCCGCAUGGCUUCAAUUUCGAGACAAAUGCUCCGUACCCACCCAUUCAGGACGAUCCCGAACUGUUUGAUUACAACGUGCUUGAACGCGUGGACUCGUUUGUGGAAAGUGUGCUCGAGCAGGCCUCUCAAUUCCGUACCGAUCAUGUCAUGCUCACAAUGGGAGAGGAUUUCACGUAUGAAAAUGCGAACACGUGGUUCAAGCAGCUCGACAAACUGAUCCAUCACGUGAACCGCGAUGGGAGGAUCAACGUUUUCUACUCCACGCCAUCGAUCUAUGUGCAUGCGAAGCAUGCUGCGGAUGCGAGCUGGCCUCUCAAGGAAGACGACUAUUUUCCGUAUGCGAACUCUGCGAAUUCGUACUGGACCGGCUAUUUUGCGAGCAGAACAGCUUUGAAGGGGUACGUUCGGUCACUGAGUGGGUAUCUGCAGGCUGCAAGGCAGCUGGAGUUCUUUCUGGGUCGAGACCGAGCAGUGACGACGGAUGCGUUGGAAGAGGCGUUGGCCAUCAGCCAGCAUCACGAUGCGGUGAGCGGCACGUCGAAGCAACACGUGGCUGACGACUAUGCAAAGAGGCUUGCCAUAGGAGAGGCAGAGGCCGAACAAGUAGUGACCCGGGCAUUCCUGCGCUUGACUCUGUUCGAGAAGGAUGCAGAGGACCGGAGGACGAUGCUGGACGAAAGUGUUAUUAGCAUGGAGGACUCUGGUGGGACGGGUCACCCUCUGUUCCCCCUCCUUUCCCAGUGCAGACUAUUGAACAUCACCUACUGCCCCAUGACAGAGACACAACUUUCGAACGGGACAUCCCUCGUGGUGCUCCUAUACAACCCACUCGCCUGGCAUCGUACCGAGGUUGUGAGAUUCCCAGUCACAAGUGUGAACGUCCACGUCGAGGAUCUUCAGGGAAUGCCGGUGCCAUCCCAGGUGGUCCCCGUGGAGGCAGACGAAGAAAAGCUGCGAGCGUUUCACGUGGAGGCGUACACCGGUACUAAGUUACUCGAAGGGAACACUCUCUUUGAGCUUGUCUUUGAGGCUCGUGUCCCGGCGCUUGGGAUCGCAACGUAUUUUAUACAGCCAGCUGUGAACGUCUCUGAUCUGGCGACCAUGUCAGUUGUCGAGCAACUGGAUAACGAUGCUUCAGCUGCGGGAACGGUUGAUGUUGGGAAUGACAUGUUGCAGGUCUCAAUUGCUAAGGACACAGGACGGCUUAAGAGGAUCAGCGAACUGAAGAACGGUGUGUCCGUGGAGUUAUACAAUUCCUUUCUGUGGUACAACGGAAGCAGUGGAAACACAGUUGAGGAGCCUGGUCAGGCCUCGGGAGCAUACAUCUUCCGGCCGAACGGAUCCGUGGCCUUCCCUGUUGGGGGACAGAAUGUGUCAGUGAAGACGACCAUUGUGAAGGGACCGCUUGUGACGGAGGUACGGCAGAGGUUUUCGGAUUGGGCGUCACAGGUCAUCAGAAUAUACAAAGGCAAAGAACAUGCAGAGGUGGAGUACACAGUGGGGCCGAUUCCUAUCGGUGAUGGUCUGGGGAAGGAGGUCAUCACCAGGUUCAGCUCUGAUCUGGCUAGUUAUGGGACAUUUUACACUGAUUCCAACGGCCGCGAUAUGCUGAAGCGGAAGAUCAACUACCGUCCCACAUGGGACCUGAAUGUCACGGAACCUGUGGCAGGGAACUACUACCCAGUGGGUGCAGCGAUAUACCUCGGCAAUGAAAGUAGCGAUUUCUCGAUUCUCACAGACCGUGCUCUGGGUGGGGCGAGUCUACACGACGGCGAACUGGAGCUUAUGCUUCACAGGCGACUCUUGGUCGAUGAUCAGCGAGGUGUGGGGGAAUGCCUGAACGAAACAGUUUGUGCAGGUGGUGUCUGUCAAGGCCUCGUUGUGAGAGGAAAGUUGUAUUUAAAUCUGAACCAAUCUGUGGCGGCUGCGAGGUGGCGCAGGACAGAAGCACAGAAUGUGUACAGCCCUUUGCUCCCGGCUUUUCUGAUCACUGGACCGCAAAGUGUGGAGCAGCUGGAGGAGGCAUCAGGAACUGAAACGGUCGGCAGAACAGUCGCGCAAGGAUUUUCGGGGAUGGCGUUAGAGGGUGGUGGCAUGUUCCGCGAGUUUCCGUCCAACGUGGCGCUCAUGACGCUGCAGGAAAUAUCAAAAAAGGUGGCCUUGCUCAGGCUGGCGCAUCUGUACGAGGUGGACGAGCAUCCAGACAAUUCCAAGUGCACAUAUGUCGACAUCACGCCCAUUUUCAAGAACAAACACGGAAGACGGAAAGUGAAGUCGAUGACGGAGACCACGUUGACUGCAAACCAAACGAAGCGAAAGAGGCAACCGCUGUCGUGGAGAGUGGAAGGAGAGGAAGAAGAGACAUCGCUGAGAAUGCCGAGCGUCUCGAGCGAAGACGAGUACCUCUCGAAGAACGAUAAGAAAAAGCCUUACAACAUUCUCCUGUGCCCAAUGCAGAUCCGCACAUUUGAGAUAACGUUCAAGUAGUACAUCCAGUAGCUCAUUGACGUUGUGGUUGUCAGUAGCUCAUUGACUCUGUGGUCAUCAUAAGUAGUAUGGCGGACCUGAAGGAUGUAGAAAUGAAAUGAGCACGGCUAUGCUGACUUGCUUAGUGCUUGGCAUUCUUACUUCUCACAUGGAUUUCUUGCGGGCGUCUGUGUGAGGAGUUGAUGUCCAACUGGCCCUCCUUCCCUGCUGUGUUCAAAGAGUAGAGACCAAGGCAACUGUCUGUGGUUAGCACACAUACUCACCCUGGUUGAUGUUGUCUCAGGUUAGGGUUUAGGGUUGGAGGCUUUAAUGUGACUAUGGGAGAUAAUAGGACCAUUGUCUGUGUUUAGCAGACGUCCUCAUCGUGGUUGAUACUGACUCAGGGGAUUAGGGUUUCGGGGUUACGGGUGGACGCUUUAGUGUGUGUUUGGAAUGCAGCAACCUGACUGUAGGACAUUACCCCCAUCCACUCCCUGGUCAGGUUAUUGGGAGGUUUAGGUUUGUGGGCAUCUUGCAUGUCGUAUAGAGUGAGAUAAACGACUAGACAGUGUUUAGGGAGGGGGUGUCUGGUUUUGUUCGUCGUCAUUGAAGAGCAUGGUGCGAGGAAACCAACAACUGCGUAGUAGAGCUUUCCUUGUCGGCCGUUGGAAAAUACUUCAGAAUACAGAGACCUAGUUGAGAAAAGGAGUGGUAGGUCUGUUUAGAUAAGACUGAGGAACUAGGGCCGGUUAUGUUGUGGUCCUUGGAUUUGUAUAUAGCAAUUCGCAAGAGGUAAUAUCAUAUGUUGCUUGCGCAGGACAGAUCGGGCGUUCAGUGAGGAAUAUCACCAGCUUCUGUACUGCUGCCGCCGUUUUGUAGGAGGGAAUAGUGUAAGAGAUACUGCUGCCGCCACAUGUUUCAUUGCUCUUUUUUAUUGUUUGCGUCGGGUGUAGCUGAUAUGGAGGCUACAUAUGUACAUUAGGAAGGGAGAUGGGCACCAAAUACACGUGUACAUUGGGACGGGAGAUGGGGACUAAAAAAGAGGAAGAUAGGAAGUGACACAUAUUGGAUUGGCAGGGAUAUGCUCUGAAGAGAGAAAGGCAUUGGAGGGGAGGGGGAGGGGGAGGGGGAGGGGAGCGAAGGAAGGAGGGCGUUUGGGGCUUGGGAGCGAGCUAGGAGUUUCAUAGAGCUGCUGCCUCUUAGCAACUUGCUCCAUCACCGAUUCGAUCCUUCCUGGCACCUGGACGGACUCGGUUUAGUCAUUUGAAGGGGUCUUUUAGGAGGGUGAUGUUCUCCCUUGCCUCUGACCAGGAGCUUCAUGGCGUACUCACACAAGGACAUUUCCGAGUCCGCUGUGUGGACGCGAUUGUGGUCAGGUGCAUCCACGUCUGGCCGCAUUUGCGGUCACAUACAUUCCAAGAAGUGGUAGUGUGAGUAUGCCCUCAUCUGUGGUGCUGCCAUUGCUGUCUAUAUGUAACGAAUGGUAAAUGACAAAUUGCUCGUGGCCUCGAACCCUCGCAUUGGUGUCGGCUUGAGAGGUUGAAAGGGAGAGGGAGGGCGAGGGAGGAGGGAGAGACAAGCUGAGAGAUAGAUAGAUGGGGUUUCAUAUGUAAUGUAUUUCGAGUAGUGAUAUCGAUUUGAAGUUGGGGCUGGGAGGACGGUGAGACGGGGAGAGGGGGGGGGGGGGGGGGGUAGUUAAGAGAUAGAUAGAUGGAUGGGGUUUGAUAUGUAAUGUUUCGAGUAGUGAGAUAGAUUUGAAGUUGGGCCUGGGAGGAAGGUGAGACAAAGGGGGGGGGAGAGAGUGGGCAUCUGAAACUCCGUGACUCCCUUGCCACUGUCUUUCCUUUGUGUUAUCCUGACGAUCAUUGGCACAUGAUUAUGUGCUGUUGGUCUUUCGACCCUAAGAUGGGAUCCUCUUAAAUCU